GGGAGAGUCGGGCCAUCGCCAUCCCAGUUCCACUCAUUUCCUCCCCCUCCCCUCCCCUCCUGCGUUCAUCAUCUCCCUCCCUCUGCCUCUCCUCUUUCCGUGAUUACCCCCCUUUGCUCCUGCCUCUCCUGGUAUCGGCAUCUGCCCCGUGACGCCAGCCAUCAUGCGGAGGAAUCUCGGCCAGUCGCGGCUGCAUACGCAGCGGCAGGAAUCCACUGUUCGCGUCGAUAACCGCUACACGGCCAGCAGUGCCCGGCCGGUACAGCGAUACCGCGCCGGGACCAUGCCCCAGCACCUUCGCGAGGGCGAUCGUCUGAACUCGACAACCAGUGACGCCGCCUCCCCCGGCGACUCGACUACCGCUCGGCGGCUUACGGCCACAGCCCGACUGAGUGCCGCGGCCAUUGCGCGCGACGCAAAUGCACCCGGCACCGAUACCGGCAUGGUUUUCGAUUUCUCCAAACCCGCACGGGCCUCAGCUGCUCCGGCUCCCGCGAUCACCACCUGGGAGGAGGACGCUUUCGGCGAGGCCCCUGAUGCACUGGACGACUCCGAUAGCGACAGCGGGGGGACGCCGCGGGUGUCUCGCUUCAGCGAGAUGGUCCAGCCCGAGGAGGACAACGACUCUGAGGAUGAUGACGCCUUCCGCCGGCGGUUGCUGCUUCAAGCCCGGCUGCGCCAGCGCCAGGACAGCGACGAGGAUGACCGCAGCGAGGAAAGCGAUGCCGAUGAGGCCGAUGAGGAGGACCACAGCCGCGAUCGGCUGGGCAUGCGCACCACCCAGGCCACCGCCGAGCAGAUCGCCCAGGAGCUCGGCAUCGCGCAUGACACUGAGGACCAUGAUCAAUACUUUGAAGAGCCACUACGCCAGAGGCCGGUCUUUGUCCGGAAGACCGAGCGCCAGAUUGUCUCCGAGGAGGCAGCCUCUUGGCAAGAGGAGGAGGAGGCCGCCGCCGCCGGGGAAUAUGCCGCCGCUACUGAGCGUCGCCGCGCCGAAACCCUCUCGCUCAUUGCCUCGGCCGUGGCCCGCGAGGAUGCCGCUCGGCAGCAGGCCCUCCAGGGAACCAGCUCCCUGGCGGCCUCCUUCGCCGAAACGGUGGUCGAUGAUACAGAUGCCCCGGGCGACGAGGAGGAGGCCUAUGCCGCGUGGCGCCUGCGCGAGCUGGCUCGCAUGAAGCGCGACCUGGACCAGCAGCAGCAGCGCGAGCGCGACCAGGCCGAGAAGCUCCGCCGCUCAACCCUCACCGAUGAGCAGAUCCUCGCCGAAAAUCGCCGCGACCCCGAGCUGGCCGAUCGCUUCCCCACCAAGCCCCAGCGCAUGGCCUUCGGCCAGCGUUACAUCCAUUCCGGGGCAUUCUUCCAGGACUCCGAGGCUGCCAAGCGCGCGGACUUCUCCAAACAGACCGAGGAUGAUGUUCGCCGGCGCGAUCUCCUCCCGGAGUACCUCCAAGUCCGCAACCCUGGGCGAAGUGGUCGGACCAAGUACACGCACUUGGCCGCCCAGGACACCCGCCGGGCUUCCGGGCCCGAGCAUAGCGACCGACGCCGGUGACCCUCGACCCCAUGUGCGGCCUGGUGUCCUCGUCAAUGAACCCGAUUCUUUUGUUGCC